AUCUCCUUUUCAUAUUAAAUCUCUCCUUCACAAAUAUACAUUAAUCAAGUUCAUUCGUAUCAUUUCUUGUUCAAAAAUUUUUUAUAUAUCAAAAAUCAUACAGUGGUAGUAGAUAACUAGAUAAUUAUAAAAAAAGAUAAAAUAAAAUGGGGACAAUAACGUCAGGACAGUAUGAUGCAUCAUUUAAGAUUUUAUUGAUUGGUGAUUCUGGUGUUGGCAAAAGUAGUCUUCUUGUCAGUUUCAUUUCUGAUGAUGAUUCUUUUCAACAUCUUGCCCCUACAAUUGGUGUUGACUUCAAAAUCAAGCAACUUACAGUUGGUGGAAAAAGAUUAAAACUUACAAUUUGGGACACUGCUGGACAAGAGAGAUUUAGAACAUUGACAAGUUCUUACUACAGGGGUGCCCAAGGGAUUAUUUUAGUGUAUGAUGUUACAAGAAGAGAGACAUUCACAAACCUAUCAGACAUAUGGGCUAAAGAAAUUGACCUUUACUCUACGAAUCAGGAUUGUGUCAAGAUGCUUGUUGGAAAUAAAGUUGACAAGGACACUGAAAGAUUUGUGAGCAGGGAAGAAGGCAUUGCUCUUGCGAAAGAGCUCAAUUGUUUAUUUCUUGAAUGUAGUGCCAGAACUCGGGAAAAUGUACAGCAAUGCUUUGAAGAGCUUGCACUAAAGAUAAUGGAGGUUCCUAGCCUCUUAGAAGAAGGAUCAACUAUGGUAAAGAGAAAUAUAUUGAAGCAAAAACCGGAGACCCAAAGUGCACCUACCAAUAUCUGUUGCUCAUAGAAGACGGCUCAUGUUCUUGAUCGGUCUUGAUGAUUCAAUCUAUUUGCUGACCUUUUUCUCCAUGAAAAACUUCAACGUCCAUGCAAGUCAUUAAGGUAACCAGUUAACAAAGCUAGUUUCGAAGUUGAUAUUAUCCUGUAAGAGUGAUCCCAGAAGGAAAUUAAGCAUCUAAUAUAGUGUUUGUAAAGUUGUCUGUGCUUCUCUAUGUCAAGUAUAACUCAGAAAGAAAUGCUUUAUUUAUUCAAGUGUGUUCUGUAUAUAACUCGGAAAUUUAAAAUGUGCCAUGAGUUUUUUUUUCCCCA